AUGGAUUCUGCUGUUGCAAGUUAUGAAACCAUGUUUGAUGUGAAAAUUGUAGAGGAAGUCUUGCAUCGCUCUAAUCCUUUGCCAUCUGAAAAUAAUUCUGAAGACGAAAUAACACUAUUGCUAAUGACUGCAAUGCAAGAAAAAGAGAUGCUUGAAG